CUCUUUCCGUAGCAGCACCGUAAGCCGGAAAUCGUCUCCUAGGACGCUCGAAACAAAGCAAAGCUGCCGAGCGAUUUUCAAAUAUUAAGCCUGAAAUUUUAGCCGCUUGGCACUUGUGAGGUGAAUCGCAUCGUGUGCGCGUGCCUGGUUGCCUUUUGCACGAGCCGUGAGGAGACGUACACUUGCAUUUUUCAGCUGCAUAUCAAUAACAUUGGACUAGCCUCAGGAUCUUAAGAAACAAAAAAAACCAUUGGAUUCCACCAUCUGCCAGAAUGUCUGAGGAAUCGAAGGAGAUUGAUCCAAACAAGAUGGCCAUGCCUGCUGGGACUGAACAUGAAAACGAUGACGACUCUGGACCCGAGGAAGAAGUUGCAGAGGGCUCUUCGACGACGCCAACCGGCGCUCCCAAGAAAAAGAAGAAGAAAUCCAAGUCUAAGAAGCUUAAAGAUGCCGUUACCGGUGGCAAAUCAGCCGGAGAAGGCAGCAGCAAGCAGCCGGAAACCGCGGCGUCGCUUUCAACAGAACAGUUCCAGCAGCUGCUGUCCAUGAACCCGUCUCUUAAAAACGAGCUUGCAGGCAUGGAUCAUGCGAAGCUCAUGGAAAUGAUGAAGAAAAUAUCGCUUGCGGAUACGCUGACGGGAAUGUCCAUCACGGGGAAAAACCAAAAGGACAUGGCAAGCUACAAAUUCUGGCAGACACAGCCUGUACAAUCCUUUGAAGAGGCGAAGACGGCCCCAAAGGAAGAAGGCCCUAUCAAGCAAAUUGACCCUGCAACUGUACCUAAGGAGCCGCCCCCUAUGGUGGAGGGAUACGAGUGGGUCACCAUGAAUUUGGACAACGAAAAGGAGCUCAGCGAGGUGUUUGAAUUGCUGUCUGAUCACUACGUGGAGGAUGCGGAUGCGACAUUUAGGUUCCAUUACUCUGCCUCAUUCUUGAACUGGGCACUAAAAUCGCCGGGUUGGAAGAAGGAGUGGCACGUUGGAGUUCGCGCGAGCAAGUCGAAGAAGUUGGUUGCCUUCAUCUCAGCCAUACCAGUCGAUUUUAGAAUACGCAAGAAUGUCCUGAAAGGGUCGGAAGUCAACUUUUUGUGCGUGCACAGAAAGUUGCGGAACAAGAGAUUGGCACCUGUCUUGAUCAAGGAGAUCACGCGCCGAAACUAUGUCGAGGGCAUAUUCCAAGCUCUGUACACGGGUGGAGUUUUACUGCCAACUCCUGUGGCCACGUGCAGGUACUACCAUCGCAGCCUUGAUUGGCAAAAGCUGUACGAGACUGGUUUCUCUCCCCUGCCGCCAGGUUCGACCCCGUUACGUCAAGCGGCGAAAUUCAAGCUGCCUGAUACGACUUUGAUGCCUGGUCUGCGGCCGAUGGAACUGAAAGAUGUUUCUGCUGUAGCUGACCUUCUCACGCGCUACCUUGGGCGAUUCGACCUGGGGCAGAUCUUUUCUUCCGAUGAAGUAAAACAUUGGCUUCUUCACGAUCCUCAGAUUUGCCCUGAGCGCGUCAUAUACACGUACGUCAUCGAAGAAUCUGGCAAAAUUACCGAUUUCGUCUCGUUCUAUCGCCUCAGUUCCACCGUGAUCGGCGGCAAGAAGCAUCAAUUUGUUAACGCAGCGUACAUGUAUUACUACGCGACAGAGACUGUGUUCGAGGGAGACGGAAAAAAGACAAAGGCAAGAUUGAACGCGCUUGUGAAGGACGCCCUUAUCCUUGCGAAGAAGGAGAAUUUCGAUGUGAUGAAUGCGUUGACCUUGAUGGAUAACCCGCUGUUCUUGGAGGAGCAGCUAUUUGGAGCAGGAGACGGCCAGUUGCAUUAUUAUGUGUACAACUAUCGUGCCGCGCAAAUUGAGGGCGGGCUUGGUAAGGACGGACGAGCAAGCGACAAGAAUAUGGGUGGCGUAGGAGUUGUCAUGCUAUAGGCAGCGAUGAUCUUCGCAGCGGACAGCUCAGAAUUCGAGGAUAUACAUCAUCAUGAAGCCGUAACGAAUGAAAAGUUCAAACAAUGAUCGUUCUGCCCAGAAGCUCUGGGCAUGCUAACCUGCAUUCCAACUUUUUUUUUCACCCCUUGUGCUACGGCAGAAAAAGAAAUGUAGAAUAAACAAAAUAAAGCAACGUAGAAAGAUAUUAUGUACGCCAUUCAUAGACAAAAUGUCGAAA